AUGGCAGACUCGAAUUCCUCCCCGAGGACUGCCUCGGUCACGGCUCCUGUCCCGAGAAUCUCCAUUCAGUUCUGCAUCCAGUGCAAGUGGAACCUUCGAGCGGCGUAUUAUGCCCAAGAACUCCUUCAAACAUUCUCUACCUCCCUAGGAGAGGUAUCUCUCCGUCCUUCAACCGGAGGUAUAUUCAUUAUCAUACUUGAAACCCUCAAUGAACAGUCAGUUCUCGAGUCGCAUGUGAUAUGGGAUCGCAAAAGCAACGGUGGUUUCCCAGAGACAAAGGAACUCAAGAAGAAAGUCCGUGAUAUCAUUGAUCCCAACAGAGACCUCGGCCAUGUCGAUGGCAAGAAGAAGUCCGUUUCGCAGACGCAAUCGGAUCAAUCGGCCAGUAAUGCUCCACAGGAAUCGCCAGAUGAUACUCAGACUGGUGGUACCUCUGGUCAAGAGAGUCUUGGAAUACAGGUGGUAAUGGCCGAACGAAAGGCCUGCGAAGACUGCCAGUAG